GACCAGUCAAGCAGCGUGAAAAAAAUAUAUCUUAGCUACAUUACCUUAAAUUGCCAAAAAUAUACACAUUUUUCUCUUUCAUUUAAUAUUAAAAAAAAAAAACCAAAAAAACUAAAACCAAAUAAAAUAAAGAUAAAACCACAAAAGGACACAUGCAACGAUCCUAAAUGAGAGCAUCAAAACGGGUAAAGAAACGUACCCCAGUGCAACUGAAACACGGAUCAUCUUUAGCUUUUCCUUUUCCUCCUUGCCCUUCCCCCUGCUCUCCCAUUUUUAUUUUUUUUUCCAAAGGGAUUCACCUGGAAUUUCCCAGCUCCCUCUCCUCACUCUGCCCAAGGGACAUUUGGGGUGGCUGGAGGUGACAAUUCCCGGGGUUGGGAGCCUUUGGAAGGUUGGGCACAGGGAGAGGUGUAAGUGCUUUCUGUCUGUGACCCCAAAUCCCGGAAUUCCUGGGGAGCUGGAGGGAUCCAGCUCUGGGAAUUCCUGGAUCCACCUCUCGGAAUUCCCAGAGAUCCAGAGGGAUGCAGCUCCCCUGGUUGUGAUCCUGCCUAAAAAACCCCAAAUUCCUGGAUUUCCUUCCUCUUCCAAAGCCUGGGCCCUCCAGCAUACCCGCAGGAGCCAAUUCCAGCAUUUCCAGCCUCUGGAUUCACCCCUAAGUGCCUCUCACUGACCCCUUUGUUGUCCUGGGCUUGUCCAGGGAUUUGGGCACCGACCCCAAAUCAGGGGCGAUCCCAACAUGGAUUUUGGAUUUCCUGGGAGAUUAAUUCCCUUCCCAGCUCCCUCUCCCCGCUCCUUGCACCUUCCGGAUCCCCAGGAAUUUUGGAUUUUGGAAGAACUGGGACAUUUGGGCACAACUUUGGGGUCUUUGGGGUUGCAAAUGGAGCUGGAGGCUGCGGGCAGCACCACAGGGAUUUGGAAUCCCAGGGCAAUGCAGGGAUUUGGGAUUUGUGAUAAAAAGCAUAAAAUAAAAUAAAAUAAUAAAAUAAAAUAAAAUAAAAUAAAAUAAAAUAAAAUAAAAUAAAAUAAAAUAAAAUAAAAUAAACCCCAACAAUAAAAUAAAAUAAAAUAAAAUAAAAUAAAAUAAAAUAAAAUAAAAUAAAAUAAACCCCAACUCCUGGCCACACCCACCUGGCAGAGCCCCCUGCCCAUCCUCCCUCUGGCCCAAAGCUGGGCUUUGGCUGUUCCCAAAUCCCAAGGAUCUGCAGGAUGGCAGGCACAGCCACCACACACCAAAACAGGCCGGGGGACAGCCCUGAAAUUCCGCAUUUUAGCCCCAAUUUGGGACUAAAUUUGCUUUCACCAUCGCUGCCAUGCCCAAGGCUUCUCAGGGGGGAGGUGGGGGGGACCUGGGGUCACCGUGCCAGGGGUGUCCCCGUGCCAGGAGGAUUUUGUGUGGCACCUCCAGGGGUGCCAAGGGAGGCGGAAGACCCAGCUCGGAGUGGGGGGAAAAACAGAAAAAUCCAAAGGAAUUUCAAAGUGCAAGAAGGGAAUUGUGCCUGGAGUGGGUUUGGGGACGGGGAUCCCAAAGAAUGGGGCUCCCCAACAGCUUCCUAAGCUCGUUAUAACCUCUGGAUAGAUAAAUCCCAUUAUAUAUUUAAUAUAUAUUUCUAUUUCUGAGCAGCCAGCGGCUCUGCCCAGUUCAGAGCUCCAAGCUGGGAGCAGAAAGGGUUUGGUAUUAUUUUUUUUCUCUGUUUUUUUUAGACAACCUUCAUGGUGUGAAUCUUAGGAAAAAACCAAAUAAAAUAAAAUAAAAUAAACGUUAAAAAAAGGAAAUUCAGUGGAGGAUUUCGCCUGGGCCGAGCUUUGCCAGCACGAUCAGCGCAGCCCCACUGCUGAUAAUGGGAAUAGUGCAAAGCAGGAAGGGCAGUGGGGAUGUGCUGAACACGGCUCAAAGGUCCCAGAAUCCGGGAUCUGCGGCUCUCCCAAAGGAGGUUCCGUCAGCUGGAGCAUUCCCAGGAGCUCUGGAUGUACCCAGGGAUGAGGGAAGGAGGGGCGUUGGUGCGUUUGGUGCUGCUGGUCCCCUUCCCAGAGCUGCCCUGACUCUCCUUCCUUCCUUCCUUCCUUCCUUCCUUCCUUCCUUCCUUCCUUCCUUCCUUCCUUCCAUCCAUCCCAGCUCAGAGGAAGCCGAUUCCUGGUGGAUAUUCCAGGCUGAAGAUGGAAUCAAGGUCAAAAGGUGGAAAGCGAUGGAAGUUCUGCCAUGCCAGGCUCAGGACUGUGGUCACUGUCCCAUUCCUUGGAGAUCCCUCUUCCCAGGCCCAGUGGAAGAACGUGGUUUUUUGGGAAUGAUCUGUGGUGGGCGGGAAAACACAGGGACCACAUUUGGGAUUCUCCUCCCCACAAAGAUUUUCAUCUCCAAACUCAGGUCCAGGAAUCCUCUCCCAGGUCCAGGAGCUCCUUCUGAUGUUGGACAAUCCCGGCUGUGGCACCUUUUCCAGCUCAGACGUCGGCCUUUGGGAAUUCUGGGAGGGAAGGACAGCCCCGCCCCUCCGGCAGCUGGCACAGGUGACAACGUCCUCCCAGGUGGUGCCACCUCCUGCCCACCUCUGUCCAUCCUCAUCCAUCUCCCCUUCCAGGCUGGAUCGGCCUCCAGCUGGAGCAAAGCCCAGCGGGAAAAGCAGGGAAACCGCAGCUUGGGAAUUCUUCUGGAUGUCCCCACCUGGGCACGGCCACCACAUCCUCCCCUGGCAGUGCCACAUCCAGGGCCACCACCUUGGCCAGCUCCAGGUGACACCAUAUCCCUUCUCCAGCAGUGCUACAUCCAGGGCCACAUCCUUGGGCAGUGCCCAAGCGCCACCACAUCCUCCCCUGGCAGUGCCACACCCUUGGGCACUGCCCAAGUGCCACCACGUCCUUCCCUGGCAAGUGCCACAUCCAGGGCCACACCCUUGGGCACUGCCCAGGUGCCACCACGUCCUUCCCCAAGGCUCUGGGGGGUCUCUGAUGCCCCGGCGGCUCCCCACGCUCCCGGCAGGAUCCACUGGAGUUCGCUCUGGCAUGUGGAGCAGGGGACAGGUGAUGCCACCUUGGCUCCUGGUGGCACCGGGGCUUGGUGA